CCGGUUGAAGCCCAUCAGGCAAAAAUGAGUGGGAAAGCGAAGCAGGGGACCAAGCUCCGCGCCGUGUGGGGGCUCAACGAGGAGCAGGUGCUGCUGGAGCUGUUCGAGAAGGCGCGGCAGGACCCCGAGGCGCGCACGGGCCGCGGCGUGAAGACGCAGACAUGGAAUAAAAUUGUGGAGGAACUCAACGAGCGCUGCAACAGCUCUUUCGUGAUUGAGCAGAUCCGGUCCAAGUUUUCGCGUCUCAUGAUCGACUACGACCUGUUCCACGAAGUGGGUGGGGAGGGGUCAUUGAGUGACGAAGACUGGGAGAAAAUUAUUGCUAAGAGGUCCGAAAACUCGUCGAGACUCCGCCAAUUCAAGGAGUUGGGCUGCCCCCACCUCGAACUUUGCCGCCGCAUUGCUGAGAGCAAAGGGGGCGCAGGUUCGGCUGCCCCUCGGGCGAAGCGGGCGACUCGGUCGCACAAAGGUGCGCCGAAGGCCAAGAAGGCUUGCAUUGAGGAGACCCACGAGACUGGGGGAUGGGACGUCUACAAGGAGAAGUUGCUGCUGUUCCUGUGCUGGAGAGCCAAGGGCGAACCGGGCUUCUUCACGGACGGAUGGGCUGAAAUGACCUCGCGACUCAAUGAGUACUGCACGACCAACUUCACUCUGAAGGAAACCAAUGCCAAGUACGUCGAGCUGAUGCAAAACUACAACCAGUUUAAGGCUGCGACAGGGUUCACGGGCGAUCCGGCGACGAUCCCCAAGAGUGACAUGGACUGGGAAUGCCUCAUGCGCGAACGCCCGCAGCACUAUGGCAGGCUUCAAAAGUUCAAGGAGGCGGGCGGGUUCCCGCAUGCGGAGAUCUGCAGCUUAAUCAAAGGGGACACACCGCCCAACGGCAUGGGUGCAGCUAGCAUCAGCGAGUAUCUGUCGACUGGAGCUCUGCAACUCCCGGAUCCGUCCAAGCCCUCGAUCAUCCCCAACCAGGCUCCGUCGUCGGCCCACGCGAUCGCAAGUGCGCAGGCUUCACUGUCAGCGAAGGCUCUCUCGUACCUGCUGCCGGCAACCGCUAACAUGGUGGCUGCGGUGACUGCGAACGGAUCCGCGGCGGGAGCUGCCCCACCAGCGUCCGCGCCAGUUCCCAUGACGCAGGAGCUGCACGACAACCUGAACAUGUUCCUGA